AUGGAGCGCAUUUUCCAACCCGUUAUAGGCAACACGGUCUUACUAUUUGGUCCACAAGCGUUGUCGUUCGAUCAGGAAGAAUUUCGGCGAAUUCGGUCCGCGCUUCUCAUCAAUCCACAGGAGUAUGAAUGGAUCUUGCAUACCAUAGACGAGUUUCCAGAAUGGUUGAAUGUCAUCUCACAAAAUAUUCCGCAGCUCCGAGUCGGAAAAGCCUACGCACUUCAACAAAGCUUGACAAAUUGGCUUCACACCGGCCAGUUUCCUCCGAAGGAAUUCGUUAUUCCCAAUGUUUUUCUGAAUCCACUUGUUGUCAUCUCGCAAUUAAUGCAAUAUACGAAAUACCUUCAAUGCGCCUAUCCAGAAGAUGCAGAUCGUCAUAAAUCUGUUGCUACAAAUCCAAACAGCGAGACUGUAGGUCUUUGCGUGGGCCUUCUGAGUGCUGCGGUCGUAUCGAGUAGUAGUUGCAGGAAGGAUUUUGAGACUUACGGUGCCGUUGCACUACGUAUAGCGCUGCUCAGCGGACUACUAGUGGACACUGUUGAAAUUCAAGGUCCAUCGACAUCCCUAGCUGCAGUCUGGAACUCCACCAAUGUCGGCGAGGAGGUUACUAGGGUUGUGAAAGAUUGCUCAGAUGCAUACAUAUCUGUCGAAUAUGAUGACAAGAGGGCCACCAUCACUACUUCAUCUACAACAGCAUCAGCUCUGUCAACCGAGUUAAAGCAAGCAGGCGCCAUCGUCAGCGAGCUUCCUCUUCAUGGAAGAUUUCACUGGAGAGGGCAUGAAGCUCAUAUUGAUGACCUGAUUUCUUUCUGCGAAUCCCACUCCCAGUUCCAAUUUCCUAGUGCCACGAAAUUUCACAUACCGGCCAGAGCGAAUUCGGAAGGAAAAUUUAUCACAGAUGACCGUCCGCAUGCCGAAAUAUUACGAUCAAUCCUGGUGAAUGUGUCCCAAUGGCACAAAACAUUCACCACAGUACAGCGCUCUAGUCUUCAGAAGAAUGAUUCUCUGGUUGUGUCAUUCGGUCUCGAUCGAUGUGUGCCACCAUCCAUAAUGCGCGAAAUUAGUCAAAACGUGGUACAUUUUGCAGAACUGGAGAUUCACGACUCUAGACCAUAUUCAGAAGAUGAUAUUGCAGUCAUAGGGGUAUCCUGUAAAGUGGCAGGGGCAAACGAUAUGGAAGAAUUUUGGGACCUGCUCUGCAAAGGAGAGUCACAGCAUAAAGAGGUACCAGAGGAUCGGUUUGACUUUGUUACGCCGUUUCGAGAAAAGAAAUCAGAUCGAAAAUGGUUCGGGAAUUUCGUCGACGAUCAUGAUAAGUUUGACCACAGAUUUUUCAAGAAAAGUCCCCGAGAAGCCGCUGCCAUGGAUCCUCAGCAGCGCCAGCUACUACAGAUUGCCUACCAGACUGUAGAACAAUCUGGAUACUUCCGAACAUCACCCAAGCCUCGUGACCUGCGUAUUGGCUGUUAUAUCGGCGUCUGCGCAGUAGACUAUGAGAAUAACAUCGCUUGUCAUGCUCCAAAUGCCUUCUCCGCUACAGGCAAUCUGAAAGGUUUCAUCGCAGGCAAAGUCAGCCACUACUUUGGAUGGAGUGGACCGGGUCUAACAAUUGACACUGCGUGCUCAUCCUCCCUUGUGGCCGUCCAUCAGGCAUGUCAGGCUAUCUUGAACGGUGAUUGUACUUCGGCCCUCGCGGGCGGAACACAUAUUAUGACCAAUGCACUUUGGUUUCAGAAUUUGGAUGCCGGUUCAUUUCUAAGUCACACUGGAACUUGCAAACCUUUCGAUUCGCACGCUGAUGGAUAUUGUAGAGGGGAGGCCGUUGGUGCCGUUUUCUUAAAGAAAAUGUCUGCCGCCAUUGCUGAUGGAGAUUUGAUCUACGGAGUUAUUGCAGCAACCGCAGUUCAACAAAAUCUCAAUCAUACCCCAGUGUUUGUGCCUAACAGUGCCUCGCUUACGGAUCUUUUUCAAAAAGUCGUUGCAAAGGCGCACUUCAAACCAGAUCAAAUAUCUGUUGUGGAAGCUCACGGCACUGGAACACCCGUUGGUGAUCCCGUCGAAUACGAGAGCAUCCGUCGAGUGCUUGGAGUUAACCGUACGAAUAACCUGAUGCUAGGGUCCGUGAAAGGACUGAUUGGUCACGCUGAAUGCACGUCCGGCAUGGUGUCAUUAGUGAAGACACUUCUUAUGAUCAAUAAGGCCGGUAUUCCACCACAGGCUAGUUUCCAAAAAAUUAAUCCUGCAAUCAAAGCGACCCCAGAGGACCAUAUUUCUAUUGCAAAAAAGAUUCAACCAUGGAGCGCCAGGACCCGAACUGCGCUUAUCAACAAUUACGGCGCAUCAGGUUCAAAUGCCUCAAUGAUUGUCACCGAAGGACCAUCGCACAACACCAAGAACUUUAGUAAAGACAUCGGCUACCAGUACCCCAUUUGGCUAAGUGCCCUCGAUCCAAAGAGCCUGCGCGCGUACUCGGCGCGUCUACGCCAAUAUAUCAGAAAUCACACAGAAGUUUCCUUGGCCAACCUAGCUUUCAACAUAUCACGGCAAUCGAACCGGUCACUCGGUCAUGGCCUGGUAUUCACAAGUUCCUCCGUCCAGGAUUUCGUGGAAAAACUCGAUACUUUCGAAAAGAACAGCAGCGCUUCCAUUCAAAGUUAUCAAAUUCCAAGCUCACGCCCUCUCAUUAUGUGUUUUGGCGGCCAGGUGUCGAACUUCAUUGGAUUGGACCCAGAAAUCUACUACAACACCGAAGUGUUUAGGAAAUAUUUUGAUGAAGUCAACUCAGCUUGCAUUGCGAUGGGGGAAGAAGGAAUGAUUCCGGACGUUUUCCAACGCGAACCAAUAAAAGACGUUGUGCAUCUUCAGGCCAUGUUGUUUGCUGUUCAAUAUGCAAGUGCAAAGAGCUGGAUUGAAUGUGGCGCCAAGCCAGUCGCAAUUAUUGGACAUAGCUUUGGAGAGUUGACAGCACUCUGCAUUUCUGGUCGCUUGAAUUUGAAUGAUACGUUGAAAAUAAUCGUCGGCCGAGCCAAGGUCAUCCGUGACCAAUGGGCUAAUGAGAAGGGGGCUAUGAUGGCCGUUGAGGGUGCUUUGAGCCACGUCCAGCAGUUGAUUGAGGAAUCGAACAGAGUCAACCAAUCCGAACAUCCAAUAAGCAUUGCCUGCUUCAACGGUCCUAGAUCAUUCACACUUGCUGGAACUGUUGAAGAUAUUGAUAAUCUUGCAACAACGAUACCUCGAGAUGGCCGAUUUAAAGCAAAGAAAUUGAACGUCACCAACGCUUUUCAUUCCAGCCUUGUAACUCCUAUGAUGGAUAAUUUGAAAGAGGUCUGUCAAGGAGUCCAGUUCAAAGAAGCUGCGAUUCCGCUAUGGCAUGCAACUGAAAAUCAAGCUACCGAAGAUAUUACAACAUCUUUUGUCGCAGAUCAUUUACAAAGUCCCGUGUACUUCGAUCAUGUGCUGCAACGACUCAUUAAGCAAUAUCCAUCAGCCACUUUCCUUGAGGCAGGUUCUCAAUCGACAGUCACAAACAUGGCUGAAAAGGCCCUCGAGUCGCCUCCAGAAUGCCACUUCCAAGCCGUCAAUAUUGGGGGUGAUCGUGGCAUCAGCAAUCUAUCGCAAGCAACGUCAAAUCUAUGGGCAGCAGGUGUUGAUGUCUCAUUGUGGCUGCAUCAUUCCCUACAGAUACCGUAUUAUGCUCCAUUGUUUCUUCCUCCUUAUCAAUUCGACAAGUCACGCCAUUGGACGGAUUUGAAGAAGGUUCCACAAGUGAACCCUAUACCAAUAUCCCCUGAAGUUGGCCAAGCGAAGCCAAAGGACGAGCUUUUCUGGUUUCACAAUCAUCGCGACAAGAAACAUGCUUGUCCUACUUUUCAAGUGAACACAGCGAGUCCCAAGUAUGAAAAGCUUCUCGCAGGUCAUAUCAUUGCACAGACUGCCCCUAUUUGCCCGGCCACCGUGCAGAUCGCCAUGGCAAUCGAGGCAGCUCAGACUCUGCUGAGUGAAACUGCAGCUGGCAAUCUCGAGCCUCGUGUUUUGAAUGUUGAAAAUCAUGCUGCCAUCUGUCGCGACCCUUCGCGAUCUGUGUGGAUGGACUUUGACCCCAUUCAAUCAGGUGAAGUCGGUUGGAAUUUCACCGUCAGAAGCACUGGCCGUGACCAAAGUGCAGUCAAUACAACACAUACCAGCGGUACAAUUAUAUUUCAUUCCAAGAACGACAUGAAGAUUCGAUUAGAGUUCAAUCGAUAUGAACGAUUUAGCGAUUAUAAGCAAUGCUACGACUUGUUGCAAAACCCAGAAACGGACGAUAUUAUUCAGGGUCGCAACAUAUACCGAACAUUCUCCGAGAUUGUUGACUACGGUUUGGACUAUCACGGCCUGCAAAGACUCGUUGGGCAUGGAAGUCAAUCUGUUGGACGUGUCGAGAAACAUGCCCUUGCACCUGGAGCAUGGCUAGAUGCUCAUUUAGCCGACUCUUUCUGCCAAGUGGGUGGAAUUUGGGUCAACUGCAUGACUGAACGAGACCCGAGCGAUAUGUACAUUGCUACGGCUGUUGAGCAGUGGAUUCGAUCCCCGACAUAUGAUCCUAAAGUGGCAAGCAGUAGCAACUCAUGGAUUGUUUCUGCACGCCACCACCGGAACAGCUUGAAUUCUAGCUUUACAACCGAUAUUUUCGUAUUCGAUACAGUGUCUCAAGCUUUGGUUGAGGUUGUUCUAGGCAUCAAAUACGUCAAAAUUCCUAAAGCUUCAAUGCGAAAAAUAUUAACACGGCUGACUCCAGACCUUGCAUCAUCGACAGUGCCAGUCUCAACAAUGGCAAACAAUCGACCUACACACAAGGAAACAAACCUUCCCGUUCCAUCUAUUACGACGAAGUCAAAACCUAGCAAAUCAAGAACAAUGUCUGCAGUCGAAUCUUUGGCUAUCGUGAAAGCAAUCCUUGCAGAGUUAUGUGGUCUUGAGGAAAAUGAAAUUAAAGAUGACAGCAACCUUGCGGAUGUCGGUAUUGACUCUCUAAUGGGCAUGGAAAUGGCCAAAGAGAUCGAGGGCAAAUUUAAGAUCUCGUUACCGGAGAGUGAGCUGGCUGAAGUCUUUGACGUUCCUGGGCUCAUGAAGAUUGUCAACACUGCUCUGGGUAUUGACGGAAAUGUCUCAGAUAGUUCAGCGGAUACCGACGACGUGUCUGUUUUGAGCCAUGUCGAGGACAUAGCCUCGGACUCAGAAACGAGUGUCAGUCAGAUGAGUACCGGUGGUACCGAUGUAGUUCUAUAUCUUUCCGAAUUCUUAGGCAUCGACCAAUCCGAGAUCCAAAUGGACACCAUCUUGCGCGACAUUGGUGUUGACUCUCUACUAUCCACAGAGAUAAGAGAUGACAUGGUAUCCAAGUUGGGUCAUGAUAUCUCCAAAGAUAUCGUCAUCGAAGAACUAACUGUUGGUGAACUCGAUACACGAAUUAAUGGGUCACAAGAGGUCUCCAAAAAAGUGUCUAUUCCGCCGAGAGUCUCACAUUCUGAGACCACUACGAAGAAUGUAUCUCCCAACCCAUCCAGUACUGAUAAAGCCUUGUCACUUCCUCCAUCAUUGAUCAUGGAGGCUUUCAAUGAAACAAAGGCAUUGACAGAUAAAUUCAUCAGUGACUUUGAGUGUGAUGACUACAUUAAGACAGUACUUCCCGGGAAAAAUGAGCUUUGCGUUGCACUUACCAUCGAAGCUUUCGAAGCUUUGGGCUGCUCUAUUCGCGACACACAGCCCGGGACAAGUCUUCCACGAAUCAGUCAUCAACCACAAGACGGUCAACUGGUCGAAUACUUGUAUUCCAUGUUGGAAAAAGAAGCCGGACUUGUGACCAAACAAGGUGACCGAUUCAUACGAAGUGCUGCCAGUAUCCCGCCUUAUAAUAGCGAACACAUCGCUUCAGACCUCGCCAAGAAGUUUCCUCAACAUAAGGAUGCAAUCGUGCUUACGCAUUACGCUGGCCGUCAUCUAGCACAAAUUUUUAAAGGAGAAACAGACGGAAUUCGCCUUAUAUUUGGAUCGGAAGAGGGCAGGAAGCUCGUGUCUCGCCUGUACGGCGACUGGCCUUUGAACCGCCUAUACUAUGCACAGAUCAAAGAUUUUCUCACGAGAGUAGAUUCUAAGUUACCCAAAACCGUCUCAAGCCCAUUGAAAAUUCUCGAAAUGGGCGCAGGAACAGGCGGCACCACCAAUUGGCUUGUUCCUCUUCUCGCCACACUGAACAUUCCAGUCGAGUACACGUUUACAGACCUUGCACCUUCAUUUGUCGCCGCUGCUCGAAAAAAAUUCAAGCAGUACCCUUUUAUGAAAUAUCGUACUCACGAUAUUGAAGCGCCAAUUCCUGACGACCUGGUUAAUUCGCAGCACAUCAUUAUUGCAAGUAAUGCUGUCCAUGCAACACACAGCUUAGUCAAAUCCACUGGACAGAUGCGUCGUGGUCUCCGCUCUGACGGACUCUUGAUGAUGGUUGAAAUGACUGGCACUUUAUACUGGGUGGAUAUGAUAUUUGGGCUCUUCGAGGGCUGGUGGCUGUUCGACGAUGGAAGAAAACACGCUGUGGCAGACGAAAUGAGAUGGAAAAGCGAUCUGACUAGGGCGGGCUAUGGAUAUGUCGACUGGACCGAUGGCCGAAAACCCGAGAACAAAGUGGAACGACUUCUCAUGGCUAUGGUCAGUGAUUUCAGGUACGAGCGCGGUCCAUCACUACUUCCUGUACCAGCAAUAACACUAUCGGCUGACUGCGCUGCUCGAAAGGUAGCCAUUGACGAGUACGUCCGUAAAAUGACUCAAGGAUUCAAGAUUGAUAGCAAUACUUCGGAUAUCACAAGCACUACCGACGUCAGUAGUCAUAGGGAUUGUAUCCUGUUGACAGGGGGUACUGGUAGCCUCGGGUCACACCUCGUCGCACAUCUCGCCAGCCUUUCGAGCGUGAUGAGGAUCAUUUGUCUGAACCGACAAAGCAACGAGGAUGCCCAUGUAAGACAGCACAAGUCAUUCCAUAGCAGAGGAAUACCGAUAUCUUCUGAGCUGCUUUCCAAGUUGACGGUUUACGAAACAGACCUAUCCAAGCCAGGAUUGGGUUUGUCGGAAGCGGCUCGCCAGGACGUUAUUGCUAGUGUCACGCAUAUAGUUCACAACGCGUGGCUGAUGAGUGCAAAGCGAUCGCUCAAGGGGUUUGAGUCACAAUUCCAUAUCAUGAGAAACAUGCUAGACCUUGCAAGCAACAUCUCCUCCCAAAGGCCAUCCGGUCACAAGCUUACGUUUCAAUUCAUCUCUUCCAUUGCGGUAGUAGGGCACUAUCCCAUAUCCAAGCGGACUGUGCAUGUGCCUGAACAGCACAUGUCUGUGGAGGAUAUCUUACCGAACGGCUACGGAGAUGCAAAAUAUACAUGCGAAUUGAUGCUUGCAGAAACACUGCACAAGUUUCCCAGUAGAUUCAAUGCGAUGGCAGUCCGCAUUGGGCAAAUCGCAGGGUCUAAGUUUAGCGGGUACUGGAACUCGGCUGAACAUCUUCCCUUUCUACUGAAAUCGUCUCAGACGCUUAAUUCACUGCCUGCAUUUACUGGUGAACUUUCCUGGACCUGUGUUGACGACGUCGCUGGCACUCUCGCUGAUCUCCUCAAAGCUGAUCAGCCAUACCAAUUCUAUCAUAUUGACAAUCCGGUACGGCAGCAAUGGAGCGAUAUGUUGCCUGUUCUAGCUAAUACGCUGGACAUUCCUUUGAUAAAUAUCAUUCCGUUUGAAGACUGGGUGGGCAAAGUCAGGAAUCGUAUGACUUCAGGAAAGCAUGAUGUGGCCAAUCCAGCUGCCAAAUUGAUUGAUUUCUUGGAUGAAAACUUCACUCGCAUGUCGUGCGGAGGACUUCUCUUAGAGACAAAACAUACCGAAGAACAUUCGAAAACAUUGCGAGGCGUAGGACCUAUCAACAGUGAGACAGUCCAGAAGUUUAUUUGUGCAUGGAAAGAAACCGGGUUUCUGGCGGACUGA